AUGAGUUCACAUGAAGAAAUUAUAAUUAGUGACGACGAUGCUGAUAUUGAGGAUGUUGAAGAUAUCAAUCAAAACCUCUCAAAAGGUUUGAGUUCUCGUUCUAAAUUUAAUUUAGAAAAUUCAAAUACGGCAUUAUUCAAUAAGUAUAUUAAUAUAAGUCAUGAAACUUUAAAAGUCAAUCAUUUAGCAAUGCAAGGUAAUCUCAUUGCUAUGCAGAAUAGUCAUUUAGCGAUGAAGAAUUUACAAGACUUGACCGAGUCUAUUUUGAAACAAAUAAAUUUCAACUCAAUUAAUUUGAAAGAUAAAGCAAAGUCUGAAGUGAGUACCUCCAAAGACAAGCCAGUAAUUGAAGAUGAAAUACCAAAUUCAUCACCAACAAAAACCGGAAUCAAACUCUUGAUUAAAGAUAAUAAACGAUUGAUUGGUAAAAAGUUACCGUGUAUAAUCAAAAGGCUACCUAAAAAUUUUCAGUUACAAGCAAAAACAGAUCGGAAAUCCGAAAAGGAAUUUCAGUGUAGCCACUGUCCGUCGAAAUUCAAACUGAAUUUUUCGUUGAUUCUUGAUAAAAAAUGCAGAGUGACUUUGUCUCGAAUUUCGUGUGUAAAUAAAGACAAACAACGUCAAAUAGCAAAUAAAGCUCUAUUGCUAAAAAGAAAAAUAACUCAAAAUAUAAAAAAAUCAACAGAGUCAACAGAAGGUCUAAAUUUAUUGAAUUCUUCUAUCAAUAAAAAUAUUCGCUUCCUUACUCGAGACGUAACUCAUGACGAUUUACGCGGGAGAAAAAAUGAACAACCUAAUCUACUGGGCUAUGUCAAUACGCUAUAUGUUAACAAACCAAUGCGAUUGCAUUAA